AGCCCUUUUGGCUAGGGCGAUAGGCUGGGCUGCCUGCUGGCAGUGACAGCCAAGGGGCCAUGGAGUGGCCGCCGCCGGAGAUGAACUACAACACCGAGAAGUACGACAAGUACCAUCACCUCAUCCAGUAUGCAGCGCCGGGUGAGGCCAAGAAAGUCUCGGUCUGUCGCUGCUGGCAGUCGAAGAAGUUCCCGUACUGCGAUGGCACGCACAAGAAGCUGAUCGAGGCAGGGGACAAUGUGGGACCCUACGUGGUGAAGGUCAAUCCCAAACCCGCCACCACCGACGUGGCGGCCAACUACUUGCGGACCUCCAACCAGCUCCCGCGGACCGCCGCCUUCUUCGCGCUGGGCUUUGGCACCGUUGGCCUCGCCUGCGCGGCCACCAUCGCCUACGCCAGGGGCUUCCGCUUGCACGGCGAGGUGCGACCAAAGGACAAAGUGAUUCCUGAAAGGAGCGAAUCGAGCUAGGCCAUUGCGGGCAGGCGAAGAGACUCAAGUGAAAAUGGGCCAGA